AAAAUCCACUUGGGGGAGAAGUCUCAGAAGUGCAGUAACUGUGGGGUAGCAUUUACUCAAAAUGCAGUCUUAGAUAAAGAUGAGGGAACUGAGACUGGAGAAAAAACCCAUAAAUGCAGCAAAUGUGGAAAAGCCUUUGGCUAUAGUGCCUCACUGACCAAACAUCGGAGAAUUCACACUGGGGAGAAACCCUAUAUGUGCAAUGAGUGUGGAAAAGCCUUCAGUGACAGCUCAUCACUCACACCACACCACCGAACCCACAGUGGAGAAAAGCCCUUCAAGUGUGAUGAUUGUGGAAAAUCUUUCACCCUGAGUGCCCACCUCAUUAAACAUCAGAGAGUUCAUACUGGAGAGAAACCCUAUAAAUGUAAAGAAUGUGGGAGGCCCUUCAGUGACAGUUCAUCUCUUAUUCAGCAUCAGAGAAUUCAUACUGGAGAAAAACCCUACACAUGUAACAAUUGUGGGAAAUCCUUCAGUCAUAGCUCAUCCCUUUCCAAACAUCAGAGGAUUCAUACUGGAGAGAAACCCUAUAAGUGUGGUGAGUGUGGGAAAGCCUUCAGACAGAAUUCUUGCCUUACCCGACAUCAGAGGAUUCAUACUGGAGAAAAACCGUAUUUGUGUAACGAUUGUGGGAUGACUUUUAGCCAUUUUACAUCUGUAAUUUAUCAUCAGAGACUUCAUUCAGGAGAAAAACCCUACAAGUGUACCCAGUGUGAGAAAGCCUUCCCUACCCAUUCUCUCCUUAGCCGUCAUCAGAGAAUUCAUACUGGUGUCAAGCCUUAUAAAUGUAAGGACUGUGGAAAAUCCUUCAGUCAGAGCUCAUCUCUUAACGAACAUCAUCGGAUUCAUACUGGAGAGAAACCCUAUGAAUGUAACUACUGUGGGGCAACCUUUAGUCGAAGCUCAAUCCUUGUAGAACACCUGAAAAUUCAUACAGGCAGGAGAGAAUAUGAAUGCAACGAAUGCGAGAAGACAUUCAAAAGUAAUUCUGGCCUCAUCAGACAUCGGGGAUUUCACUCUGCAGAGUAA